CACUUGACGACAUGUUCUGUAGUCGUUGUCAGGCAUUCUGGGAAGGCGUCUAAGAGCAAGCUAACAUCCCUGAUGAAGCCAGCAGGUGCGAAGACAUACAAUGGAACCCCCACGAGGCUACGUUGCACCAAAACUUAUGUGAACCGAAACGAGCCGCAGAUCGAGGAUUCUCGCUAUGCGCAAUCAUAAGGUCCCGAGCCUCCAAAUGCUACACCAGGAUGGCUUCCCAAAGACCUUGACGAACCCAUCGACAUUGUACUGCAGUUUGUAACGGACAAAGGCCCGCAACCUGAUAUCUCAGCCUCAUUCAACCGAAAGGCCGCCACUAGAGAUGUUCAUCCAAACUACAUCACGAAACGCACGGUCGCAAUUCGCGGCAGACUCUUGAUGAGGGUGUGCAUCGCGGACGCUUCGCUGUGUCAGGCCCUCACAUGGAACAGAAACACUUGCCAACUCUUUCCUCCAUGCUUCAAGCUGGAAAAAACGAUUGCACUGGGUCACAGCUCGCACUCCAUGUUUGUUUUGUCUGGUUACGACGCUGUGUAGCCACACAUGAAGAAUGCCGCACCAACCAUUCCGAUGAUAAGCCCAGUUUCAGACCGAAACAGCUCAUCGAUGUCAAUGAUAACGGCAUACGGCUGGUCACCACGUCAAUUAAGGUUGAAGUCCCAAUGCUUGACUAUGUUGCCCUCAGUCAUUGCUGGGGACCGGUGCCGAUCAUCUGUACAUCGAAGGAGAAUUACCACAAUUAUCAGAGCGCCAUCGAUCCGGAAAAAUUGUCUAAAAUUUUCAAGGGUGCAAUUCACGCAGCGCGUGCAUUGAGUUCCAAUACAUCUGAAUAAUUUCUUUGUGUAUCAUUCAGAACGACGCAAACGAGUGGGCAGAGGAGGCAGCAACCAUGUGUGACGUCUAUCAAAUGCGGCACUGACGAUCGUAGUAGCCCGCGCAUCAGGGGGGAUGUGGGG